AUGAUGCUUACAGACCAAAAAGCGCGAGAAGUGUUGGGCGAUCCUCAACAUGGGCGGAAAUCCUUACGGCACCUAGACGAUGAAGACGUAAAGAAGAUUGUGCUCGGACACGAUGCUCGCCCAGAGGUACCCACCUGCUGCUGGGCGAGUGACCCUGAUCAGCGUUUGCCAUUUUUUACCAUGGUGUAUUCACUUCAAGGCUAUCACGAUAUCUUAUAUCCCUGUGGGGCAGACGGCUUACCCGCCCCUUGCGAGCCAAGUGGCCCCGCAAACUCGCUGGUCAUUGGCUUGAGAUACCGUCCCUCGCCUGGCACACCGACUUCUGACGGCCACUCUUCAUCGAUGUCUGAUUACUACAGCACGUCAUCUGGAUUUGGAUCUGAGUUUGGGCAUUCAGCACACCAUCAAUGGUCUCCUUCCUUAGAUCUCCACGAACGCGUGGGCACGGGCCUCUCGACGCCCCUAUGGUAUCCAUCACCUGUCGUGGGUGCUGUGGGAUAUAUCUCCAAACCCGACGGGGAGUCCAUAACCCUCUGCAAUGUCACUGAGAUUGGAGGAAAGAAGAAGGUCGAGGGUGACGUAGCAAAAUGCAUGCCUUCCUUGCGGGAUUACGGUAGUAGAGUCAAUGUCGAAAAGACUCUCGUUCAAAAUGACAGUUCGCUGUACAACACGGUCAAAUGCUCUGCCGAGCUGCAGUACAUCGUCGAACUUGGUGCUCAAGGGUUGAUCGAGGUACAUCCGCGACCGCCUACUGUCUCUUUACCGGAGUGCUUGCGUAUCCUCAGAAACAAGGCAAGCAUGUGGAAUAUCUUCAGGCUCAAUGCCUUGGAUUCAUCUCGUCUUACCACCUUGUACAACCACAACUCGAUUGUCCAUGGAAACAUUUUCUCCUUUACGUCAUACAUCCAUGUCGAUGCUGCGUCCGACGCUGUGGUUUGCAAGAUCUACUCAACACGUCCUGCUCAAAUUUGGAUGGAUGAAAAUCCAGUUCGUCACACAUACAGGCACAUGGUCCAACUACAAAACCUAGAGGUCAUCAUUACAUAUCCAGUUGAUGUGGACACAGAUGGCUUUAAGUACCAAAUAUCGUUCCGUACGAUAUCGGGGGAGGAACAUCCUUUGUCCCAUGGAUCGCGCGUAGUGAACGGUAGAGCCGCUUGCAAAAAUGCCACGUUAAUCACUGUUGCCGUCGAUGUCCUCGAAGGUCGCCUCGCAGUUUAUGUUUCUGGAGUUCAAAACUUGAACAUCAAUUAUCGGGAGUACUGGUCGCUGCACGUCUUUAAUUGGCAACUUGAACAAUAUGGUCAAGCUGACGACUUAUGUGCGAUCGGCCACGGCUAUGCCUUUUCGGACAUCCGUUUUCUUGCCAAGGAGAAGCUUAUAGCUCUCUCGAAGGAUGGUCAGAUACAUCUUUACAACAUUGAGGACGCAUCAAAGGCACCGCAGCUUCAAGCAAAAUUUAUGCUGCCCGUCAAUGAUAUUACAUUCAAUGGUUUCUAUGGCGGCUUCGAUCAUCCGUCGAUUUUCCAUAGUGCCACAAGUUGUGCAGGCCUCGCGGCACCAGAUGACCAUUGGAUUUGGACAAAAAACCCUGCAGAUCGUGUCAUAUCGGUGACAUGGACCAAUCCUUCGUCGGUUUUCAUUAUAUCAGCUCGAAUAUUUUUCAUGGAUAUUCCUCCGACAUGGUUCGAUGUGACAUCAAAAGACGGCCGCUCAGUCCCAUGGUCAUCUUGGGGUCCUCAAAACUCUCGUCUCUUCCCUGGAGAUAGGUUUGGCGAAGAAGGAUCGGGCUUGUUUAGCAUUGGAGGAUCUCGUGUUAUAUGGGCAGUUCAGGUCGCAGACGGAAAUGAUUCUGAUUCAUUGUUCCACUUACACAUGACCGACUUCAACCCCUCCGCCGUGGCGCGUAGCAUCGACAAUGUAUUCAGCAAACCUACAACGACAUCCAUAGGGUCGGACGUGCAGGUGACGUCAUACCUCCCUUUCGUGGAGGUGAUCCAUGACCUCGUUUGCCGUGGUGGCUCCCUUUGGGAUAUCGUACUGGACGAGGAGAAGAUGGCUAUCGUCACCAGACCACCGAUUGGGUCUGGGUGGAAAAUGCAGGUUGACAUUUUUGAACCCUAA